AUGAAUGUUGAAGACAUAACUACGGAACAGUUGGAAAAUGCAACUAAAACAUUUGUGUCCAUUGAAAGCGCUGCACAAAUAAGUCGAAGACAUGUUAGACAAAAACUUGAAGAAAUUUUUAAUUUGAAAGAAAAUGAUUUAUAUAAAAGAAAAAAAGAAAUUAAUGACAUUGUCAAUAGAGUAUUGACGAAUCUUCUCGAGGAAGAAAACAAGAAAAGAAAUGAAGAAUUAAAAAUAAAAAAAGAACAAGAGAAUAAUGAUAAUGUGAAUGAUCACGAGGAUAAACCUACUGCAGAUGUUGAUACUAAUAAAAAUAAAAUGAUUACCAAAGAGGAAAAUACAAAAAAUAAAAAUGUUAAAAAAGAUAAUAACAGCGAUGAUCAAACAGUGUGUUCUCAAACAGAUGCUGUUGAUAAAAAUUCUUCGAAAAAAAGAAAGAGCACAGGAAAUGAUGUAGUCUCUGUUCGAAAAAAACAAGCUAAUAUAAUGACAAAGGAUUAUUUUUUAAAACAUGCCAAAUCUAUUUUAUGUAAUAUGUCCGAAAAUAUAAACUUAACCCUGGAACCAAGAAUUUUUAGUACCGGUAGUUGUGGAUGGCACAUUAUGGAUAAAAUUUAUCUUUUAGUUGGAGAUCGUAACGUUCUUUGUCAAUUUUGCAUUAAUUGUUCAGUUAUUGGAAGCAAACAAUGGGAUUAA